CACGGAGCUGCGGGGACCAACGACAGCCGGGCCCCUCCCACCUCGCCCAGGGGCCCACGAGCGACCGCCCUACACCUAGUCUUCGCUCACAGCCCCGCCAGCGCCACCCCCCGCGGGCUGGAGGGGCUCAUGCAGCCGCCAAGGGAGAGGCUAGUGGUAACAGGCCGAGCUGGAUGGAUGGGUAUGGGGAGAGGGGCAGGACGUUCAGCCCUGGGAUUGUGGCCGACCCUCGCCUUCCUACUCUGCAGCUUCCCCGCAGCCAUCUCCCCCUGCAAGAUCCUCAAGUGCAACUCUGAGUUCUGGAGUGCCACAUCAGGCAGCCACGCCCCUGCCUCUGACGACGUGCCAGAGUUCUGUGCGGCCCUGCGCACCUACGCCCUGUGCACGCGGCGGACAGCCCGCACCUGCCGGGGCGACCUGGCUUACCACUCGGCUGUCCAUGGCAUAGAUGACCUCAUGAGCCAGCACAACUGUUCCAAGGAUGGCCCCACCUCACAGCCACGCCUGCGCACUCUCCCGCCAGCUGGGGACAGCCAAGAGCGCUCAGAUAGCCCCGAGAUCUGCCACUAUGAGAAGAGUUUCCACAAGCACUCAGCUACCCCCAACUACACUCACUGCGGCCUUUUUGGGGACCCGCACCUCAGGACUUUCACAGACCACUUCCAGACAUGCAAGGUGCAAGGCGCCUGGCCUCUCAUCGACAAUAAUUACCUGAACGUGCAAGUCACCAACACACCUGUGCUGCCGGGCUCUGCCGCCACGGCCACCAGCAAGCUCACCAUCAUCUUCAAGAACUUCCAAGAGUGUGUGGACCAGAAAGUGUACCAAGCUGAGAUGGACGAACUUCCGUCUGCCUUUGCCGAUGGCUCCAAGAACGGUGGAGACAAACACGGGGCCAACAGCCUGAAGAUCACAGAGAAGGUGUCCGGCCAGCAUGUGGAGAUCCAGGCCAAGUAUAUAGGCACCACCAUCGUGGUCCGACAGGUGGGCCGUUACCUCACCUUUGCCGUCCGCAUGCCCGAGGAGGUAGUCAACGCUGUGGAGGACCGCGACAGCCAAGGCCUCUACCUCUGCCUGCGGGGCUGCCCGCUCAACCAGCAGAUCGACUUCCAGGCUUUCCGUGCCGACGCCGAAAGCCCUCGUAGGCCGGCAGCUGCCAGCCCCUCUCCUGUGGUCCCCGAGACAUUCCCGUAUGAGACAGCUGUAGCCAAGUGCAAGGAGAAGCUGCCCGUGGAAGACCUGUACUACCAGGCCUGUGUCUUCGACCUCCUCACAACUGGUGAUGUGAACUUCACGCUGGCCGCCUACUAUGCCUUGGAGGAUGGCAGGAUGCUCCAUUCUAACAAGGACAAGCUGCACUUAUUUGAAAGGACUCAGGCACUGCCGGGUGCUGUGGCCGCAGCAGCAUCUCCCUUGGCGCCCCAGGUGUUCAUUGGCACCCUCACACUCCUAGCCCUGCUGCCUCUGUUGUGCUAGACGGUUGACCUUGUAGGGUACAUAAGAGGGCAUAUACUCUGCCCCCGGCCUUGGGCGGCUGCUGCCCUUGGCUUCUCCUUUGUCUGAGGGCCCAAGUCAGCAUCAGGGUGUGGCCCAGCAGGUGGGCUCCCUGUGACCCAGUGUUCUCUGCACCCUUCAGCAGCAGAGGUGGCCUCUGGCUUGAUGGCCUAGACACAGUUCCCUCAGAAUUGUCAUCAUCCAUUUUGGCCAGGGCUCGGGGCCUGGGACAGCCCUGCCCUCUCUCUUAGUGCACGCGACAAGCUUGUGGUGUUUGAUGCUGUGUUUUUGUGACAGUAGAGAUAUAUGAAAGGGAGAGAAGCUCCCUCCACCCCCGACCCCACCGUGUGAAUGUGCGAACCAGAGCCCCCCCUAAGCUGAAGUCCCACCCCUACCACCAGAGAGACACUGGGAAAGUCGGCUCCUUCCACACCCUCACAAUGCACUGAGACAGGCCCGGCUGACUGCUGCACACCUACUCUGGGGCCUCCUGUGCCCUCCCACACACUGCACACACUGUUACACAAGCACACUCGCACACAUUAAGCCCAUCGGGACACCCCAAGACUGAAACAUCUCCGCGGUUCUUUCCCCUGGCAGGGCCUCCUUAGCAGUGUGACACCAGCCAGAGAGCCCUGCUCAGCAUCUUUAGUAAAUGGA